CAGUGUCUCACUGUCAGUCAGUCGUUGUGAUGCGAAUGCGUGCUUCGAUGUUGCAAACUCAAAACAGAUAGUUGGAUCAUAAAUUCGCCUAAAUUCAUCAUUAAUUCCUUAAACUAGUUAUUGUUUCAAAUAUGCUUCGCAGCAUAUUUGGUAGCGCACUUUUGCGCUCCAAAGCGGCAUGCCACCUUCCGGCGGCGACCAUGUCCCAGUACGGGCCGCAGUUCGUGGAACCGGUUUUCAAGAAGGAAACCCUCACGGCCAUGGAGGAAAGCGGCGAGAUAUCCAAAAUUGCCCAUGUUCCGGUCAAGGCCGCUCGAAACAACGAUUCCUGUUCGGUGUUUCACGACGACUUGGUGAGCAAGUUUACCAAUUAUGUAAUGAAGAAGGGAGAGAAGGUGCUGGCGAGGGAACUGGUGGAAAAAGGUUUUGAAAACAUCAAACGACUGCAGUUGGAACGCUAUCACCUGGCGGAAAGUGAGGAGGAAAAGGCCAAGAUCGAGUUGAAUCCUCGGGCUCUGUUGAGGAAGGCGGUGGAAAACAGCCGUCCGCUGUUGCAAUUGACCCCGAUUAAACGCGGAGGAGUGCGCUAUCAGGUGCCGGUUCCGAUUACCGAGCAGAGGUCAUACUUCCUAGCGAUGAAAUGGCUGUUGGAAGCCAUUAGAGAAAAGGAGCGAACUGUGCAUUUUCCGGAAAAGAUGGCAUGGGAAGUGCUGGACGCUGCCGCCAAUCAGGGCAAGGUAAUCAAACGGAAGCAGGAGCUGCAUCGACAAUGUGAGGCGAAUCGGGCGUAUGCACAUUACAGAUGGAGCUAAGAAGUGCAUUGGAUGUUUAACAGGAUGUUAAUGCGGAAUACAGAAUUCGUAGAUUAGUAA